AUGGGUGGCAGUGACAUUCUUGAUCCCCAUAAUGGUGCUCCUUUGGGAAUAUCUAAUGGAUCAAAUGAAGUGUUUUCAGGGGUGACAAACGGUAACAAGACUCCCAUGAACGGGUCUUCAGCUCGAGAUAAGAACACUUCGGUCAUUCGAGGCAACGAACAAUCUUCAAAGUAUUUUGGCCAUGAUCGCGAGGAGGUAACCCGACUAUUGAUACAAGCGUUGUCAGACAUGGGAUAUCGGACUGCCGCAGAUAAUGUGAGCCAAGAGAGUGGGUACGAAUUGGAAAGUCCAACUGUAGCCGGCUUCAGAUCUGCUGUUCUGACCGGGUCAUGGCCCGUGGCAGAAGAGUUGCUUGCUGGCGCUUCGUUGGAGACUGAAGGCCCAGGUAACGGCCUUGUAUUGGCACCUGGCGCGGAUCCCAACGCCAUGAGGUUUUGGUUACGACAGCAGAAGUUUCUGGAGCUUCUGGAGCAAAAGGAUACAAGUAAGGCUCUGAUAGUACUUCGAAGCGAGUUGACACCGUUAUCUCAUGACACUGGUAAACUGCAUUUCCUAUCAGGUCUACUCAUGUGUCGUUCGGUCGAGGAUCUUAUGGCAAAGGCUGAAUGGGAUGGUGCGAAUGGCCAAUCUCGAAAGAUGUUGCUCUCGGAGUUAUCAAAAUGCAUAUCACCGUCGGUCAUGCUCCCUGAGAACCGCCUGGCAGUCCUUCUUGAGCAGGUUAAGCAGAGUCAGAUCGACACCUGUCUAUACCAUACUGAAGCGUUAUCGCCUUCGCUCUACUCAGACCACUUUUGUGACAGACGCAACUUCCCAACGGAGGUCGCAUUGGAGCUUUCGAAUAUGGGCGAUGAGAUUUGGCAGGUACAAUUCUCCCAUGACGGAACCAAGAUGGCGGCGUGUGGCAGUAGCCCAGAGGUUAUGAUAUGGGAUACACGCACCUUCAAAGUUUUAGAGUCUCUCGACGGCCACGAUGGCGGUGUCGGCAACAUCGUUUUUAGCCCUGACGAUUCCCUGAUUCUCUGCUGCUCGAGAGACGGGCACGCAAGAUUGUGGACUACGAGAGACGGGACUUUGAUCAGGAAAUUUCCUAAAUUCGAGGAGCCUGUGAGCGGCUGCGUCUGGGCUCAGGACAGUCGGUCACUAGUUGUUGGAACGCUAGAUCCUAAUUACAGCCUUCGAACUCUGAACCUGGAUACGAGUGAGCAGUACGAGUGGGGGGUAAAGCAUAGAGUCCAGGAUCUAUGUGGAUCGCCAGACGGUCGUUGGCUCGUGGCCGUGGACAAUCAGCAGACAAUCCACGUCUAUAACGCUGUUACCCGAGAAUUGGAGUUUGAUAUGGAACUUAAAGCCCGACCGACAUCAGUCAACAUCAGCCAAGACUCGCGUCAUCUUCUUGUCAAUAAGUGCGACGGUGAAGCUCAGCUCAUUGACCUCUUGACGCGGAACUCGGUCCAGAAGUUUUUCGGUCACACAGGCGGUGACUAUCUAAUUCGAUGUUCGUUUGGUGGAGCCAACGAGAGUUUUGUUCUAAGUGGCAGUGAAGAUGGCAACAUCGUUAUAUGGCAUAAAAACACGGGUGCGGCAGUCGAGCGCCUACAUGGCCAUCAUCCCCGCUGCAAUGCUGUUGCGUGGAAUCCUACCGACUCGUAUAUGCUCGCAUCAGCGGGAGACGAUGGCCGGAUAAAGAUGUGA